AUGAGCAAGAAGUUCAAGUCGCAGGCGUCCAGUGCUCGUGCCGCCAAUGCCGCCUUCGGAACUUCGUCCUUUGGCUUUGGCAGCACCUCUUCUGCUUCUUCACUUUCGUACAUUGCAGAGCAGCCAGACCUGACCGGCGUAUCCGAUCCCAACGUUGUCGUGUCGUUACGGAAUCUCGGGAAGAAAGAUAGCACCACAAAAUCAAAGGCUCUAGAAGAAUUCCAAGAACAUGUCAAGUCUGUGGGUGCAAACGUGGAAGAUGCCGUAAUCACUGCCUGGGUUGCACUAUACCCAAGAACAUCGAUAGACAACUCUCGACGAGUCCGGCAGCUGGCACACAAUCUCCAAGGCUCUCUGACUACUGCCGCCGGAAAGAGGAUUGCCCCGCGCCUUCCUAAGGCCGUUGGACCGUGGCUAUGCGGACAAUAUGACAGUGACAGGGCUGUAGCUAGAGCUGCUGCUGAUGCUUUAAUCCUGGCCUUUCCCGCCGCGGAGAAACGACAGGCUCUAUGGAAGGUGUACAAGGACUCACUGCUCGAGUACGCCGAGGAUGCAAUCCUUGCUCAAACAGUACAAUCCUUGAGCGAUGAGCGGUCGACGAGCAAAGACGAUGCCGAAUCCAAGUAUGCCCGUGUCGCUGGUUCCGCAAUGACCAUGAUUGGAUACCUGAUCAGAGCGCAUGCAGGUUCUUCAGACUUUCAUCUAAAGGUAAGUGCACUUGUGACGAACAAGAGUCUCUGGGACUUUGUGAGCCACCAAGACCCCUACCUGAGACGCAGCGUGUGCACUUUGGCAAUUUUGUGCACGGGAGAGUUCAAAAGUGAGUUGGACUGGCAGGUCAUGAGCUCAAGGUUCCUGGCCAAGGGCCUCACUGCCGACCAGCUUGGAUCCUCCAGCCAGUUCUCGGAAGCCAUUGUGGCACUCACCACUACUAGGCCUGAAAUAUGGACAUCUGAUUACACUGGUAAAGCCACCGCUUCGAAACGAUUGUGUCAAUACUUAAGAAAGGGCUCUCAGAGAGGCACUGACGCCGUCUGGCGCAAUAUCACUACCUUGGUCCGAAUGAUUCCGCCCACCGCAAUAACCAAGGACGACACGAGUUUUGGUCUUGAGGCUGCAGACGCCCUUGCUGAAGCAGUUUAUGACGGUGUCACUAAUCAGGAUGAGCCUCGACCGAAUCUGACCGCAGCAUGGUCAUGCUAUAUCGACUUGGUCUUCUGGAUGCAAGGGCUUCUCGGCACCAGAGAUGACCAAACCAAAUUCAUGCGCGAUCACAUCCUGAAUCUAGUUACACGCUACGUUGAUCCAAGCCGGGAGGCUACCGGGUUUCCAGCUGUUUCAGGGCCACGCCUAGCUGCCGACAUUUUGACUAGAUUGCGAGAAGGAGAUCAUCAAGAUGAGGUGGCAAGGCUGUGGCUGGACCUUUCCGCGAAUCUAGCUGAGAAGAUGCGUCUCUCCUUACCGGAAGCCUCCAAGGACUUCAAAGCAUCCCAGGACAACAUCGUCGCCCAUGCGACUCGGCUCGUCAGGCUUCAAAGCGCCUCUGGACAAAUCUCGACCGCACCAAUUUCUGAAGCUUUGAGCUCAUCUUUCAGAUCUGCGGACCAGAACCUCAUCGGUGUUGCAAUAGAUUUGCUCAGAAACCGCAAUGGUAAACCUUACGGCGCAGCUGCUGUGCUUCUUGGAGUGGUUUCGCAAGAAAAUUUUAAGAAAACCGAUACAAGUGUUCAGGAGUUCUUGGACAAUGAUGUGAAGCAGCUUCUCCAUUCACCAUCGGCCGACCGCCUUGUUGCUCUUUGGCGUGUCUGCGGCAGACCUGCAGGCUUACUUCUCUCCUCGCUGGCAGCAUCCGCACCGAGUAGUGAGUAUGGCGAGAAAGCGCUGAUAGCGCUCCUGAGCAAUGCGAUGCCCGAAGAUGUCGACCUCAGCCCAGAACUGGCUUCUCUUCUACUCACCACUACGAAGGCUUCUGUUAUAACUGCAUUCCUCGCCAACCCGAGUCUUCGAGCUACUCCGGUCAUUGGUCAGUACGUUCAGCGCGUGCUGGGAGAUCUGUCUGCCGAGUCAACAACGGUCACUCGACUCGAAAUCAUCAAGCUCCUAGACGAAGUCACUGCCAACAAGGAAGCGAAGGUGACCCUCAUUUCUGAUGAACGUUCAGGUGAGAUUCUAGCCCGUCUACUGUUUCUCGCGGACUCCGCAAACCCUGAAGUUAUCGAGGCUGCCAAUGGUCUGCUCUCUAAACUUAAGGGCACUCAGUACGGGCCAGUGUCAGGCUCAUCGACCACGCUCAAUCUGAUUCUGGAUCAGCUGUCUGGCGCUCAGCCGCAAAUAUCAAUAUUGUCAUUGGCCGAGUUAGCAUGCGGUGAGUAUCAGAGUGCCACCGACAAAAUAGCUGUCGCCAGCAGUCUUCUGCCAACCAUUGAACAGUGGGAGUCAGCUCUCGUUGGGCAUAUGAAAGGCAAGAGGCCUGCCUCGCUUGCUAUCAGCAGCCCGUUACAGGGACUGAUAUAUAUGCUCGAGGAUGGGAAGGCUGUACCUGACGAUUCCAUCCGUGACGCUGAAGACUUCUCGAUGGCGUUCAGAUUGGCAGUCUAUAUCACGAAGCUAGCAUCCACCCCGUCAUUUGUUGAGUCUGUCGGAGAGGCAUCACCUACCGCGCUCUAUCAGUACUUUCCCAUCGCACUUCAGCUAGUCAACGAGAAAUUGACCUUGGAAUCAGCCAAUGACAUCUGGAUAAAUACCACCCCCGAAGUCAUUGACGAGGCGGCAGAUGUCUUAUCACAAGGUAACGCGAUCAUUCAGAGUUGGUUGGUUGAUUCGGACUCCUCGUUCGUGAGCGAUUGGCUGGUCAGACUGAGCGAUCUGCAGGACUUGACCACUCGUUCGUACCUGACCGGCCUAGCCUUCGCUGAUGUUGCAGCUCGUGUAGCCGAGCGGGACGGCGGCAAUAUGCUUGCUGCUCAGUAUGAAACCCAGAUCAAAAGGCUGCAUCGUUCACCCGAUGUCGUUCAGUCGGCAUGCAUCGUAUACAGCGCCCGGGAGUACCUCGUAUCAUCCAAUGUCGGGCGGAGAGUAUUGAAUGAGUUGGUCAGUGAUCUCACGGACCUCAAAACUGAACAGCUCACAGUGGCCACGAUGAAGCCGUUGGUGCUCCUCAAUAUCAUUCUCAACGGAUUCUCGGAUGCGCUCGAAGGAGUUCAGUCUCAAAGACUGGUAUUCCUCAUGCAGAAUCUUGUUCAACUUCUGUCUUCAGGCACACUCGAUCUAGUCAUCGAGUCGGAGAUCUUCAAAUUGCUCACGUCUGUUCUUCCUGCGGUUCAGGACAUCUAUGGUGAACACUGGCAGGACAUACUCAACACCCUUGUUGAUACAUGGAUCGAAUUGAACGACCCGGAAGGUGACCUACCGACGCUCAAUUCGACGCUCAGGUUGUACCAGAAGUUGAGCUUGCUUGUAAGCGCCGAAGACGUCAAUGAAGAUCUUCAGGACGCAUGGACGGCCACCAAGCCAAAGACGGAGGACGCUCUCCUGCAUUGCUUGCAGCUCUUCGCUCAACCUAGCGAGGGCACGAACCAACCACGGCACACCUGUGCUUCUCUUCUUGGAAGACUACUCCGCAAUGUGCAGGUGAAGGACACAAGUUCCAUCAUACCUCUCAUGUCGACGUCAUCAAAUGCUGUGCUCGAUACAGCGUAUCAGAUCCUUCAUCAGGCGAUUCCACAACGACAAGAACAGCUCUCAGUGGAGCUCGUCCUCGAGAAGCAGGUCCUGCAUCUCCCGACUGAGCUGCUCGACCUGAUUGGUGACGGAUACGACAUGCCAAUAACGUGGAAGAGGUAUCUUUUAUGUUGGAAGCUUAUCUUUGACCAUUUCGAAAAUGCUUCAUACAUGUUGAAGGAAAUGUAUGUGGCCGACCUGAAGCAGUCAAAUUGUCUACAAGCUCUCUUGACCUCGAUCUGCGAGACUGUCCGAAUAACAAGCAAUCGGCCAGUUGAUGCCUCCAAGCACGACUUCGAGAAUUUCGAACUGGGUACAAGCGAGUCGGAGGAGAAAGAAAUGCUGUGGCUCAACACACAUCUUUACUAUUGUUGUCUCCUACUCACGCCAAGCUUGGUCAAAGCAUGGUAUAUCGAACAAAAGAACCGCAUCAAAUCGCCCUUGGAAGCGUGGACGCAAAAACACAUAUCAGCAUCGAUUGUUGCGGCAUCGUUCGAAACGGUGUCGGACUGGGCCAAGAGUCAAGAUAAGGACGACACGCCUGUCGAGGUCAAGACCAGCACACGCAGCUUCGAUCUUGUCGCCUCGAUGGAAAUCGAUCCCGAAUCACCUCCAAUCGCUAUUUCCGUCAUACUUCCAGCAGCUUACCCGCUGGAGUCACCCACAGUGGUGAGUAAGACUCGAGUUGCAGUCUCGGAGAAGAACUGGCAAUCGUGGCUCCGUACUAUCCAAAUCAUCAUCUUCAGCACGGGAAGCAUCAUAGAAGGACUUGUUGCAUUCCGACGCAACGUCCAGGGAGCACUAAAAGGGCAGGGUGAAUGCUCCAUCUGCUACAGCAUCAUCGGCACCGACAUGCAGACGCCGAACAAGAAGUGCGGGACAUGCAAAAACAUGUUCCACGGUUCUUGCUUGUUCCGCUGGUUCAAGAGCUCCAACAGUUCAACAUGUCCGCUCUGCAGGAACAGUUUCAGUUAUGCAUAA